UUAACUUGCCAUCGGCCAUUAAAAACAAAGAAGACGAAGAAGAAGGAGAAGAAGAAGGGAGGUGGUGUCCAUCUUAUUUACAACCGUGGUCUUUCUACAUUGUUGAUCUGCCGGGAUUUUUUUGUUGAGUAUAAAAGUUGAAAGUCGGGUUUUCAGAGAUGAGCAGUUCAGAGGAAGUGUCAUGGAUCUCCUGGUUCUGUGGACUGAGGGGCAAUGAGUUUUUCUGCGAGGUGGAUGAAGACUACAUCCAGGAUAAGUUUAACCUGACAGGGCUCAAUGAGCAGGUUCCCCACUACCGCCAGGCCCUAGACAUGAUCUUGGACCUUGAGCCAGACGAGGAGCUCGAGGACAAUCCCAACCAGAGCGACCUGAUCGAGCAGGCGGCUGAGAUGCUGUACGGCCUCAUCCACGCACGCUACAUCCUCACUAACCGAGGCAUCGCACAAAUGCUGGAGAAGUAUCAGCAGGGAGACUUUGGUUACUGCCCCCGCGUCUAUUGUGAGAAUCAGCCUAUGCUUCCUAUUGGCCUGUCAGACAUCCCAGGUGAGGCCAUGGUGAAGCUGUACUGUCCUAAAUGUAUGGAUGUCUACACACCCAAGUCGUCCAGGCACCACCACACAGAUGGAGCCUAUUUCGGCACCGGCUUCCCCCACAUGCUCUUCAUGGUCCACCCGGAGUACAGACCCAAGAGGCCCGCCAACCAGUUUGUCCCGAGGCUGUACGGCUUCAAGAUCCACCCCAUGGCCUAUCAGCUGCAGCUGCAAGCCGCCUCGAGCUUCAAGAGCCCCGUCAAGGCCAUCCGCUAAGAGCGAGAAGAAGAAGAUUCUUAAAGAGAAAGAGAGAAGACGGGAGAGGAUUAUCAUCAGAAGGAGAGAGAGGGGUCACCUGUGUUUUACAGAGCUCUUCAGAUGCCCCCCUCCCCACCCUGAAGACUGUAUUAUUUUGGUUUAAUUUAGAGCAAAUGCUAAAGAUUUUUUGAGUGUGAGCGAGACAUAAAACAAACGUACAGCCAUGAUCUUAAAAACACAAACACACACGCACGCACACACGUACAGAAAUGCAGCCACACAUUUUUGUUUUUGUGGUUUUCCAUGCACGUAACUUACCAAACUCACCCGUGCCAAAAACAGAAGGUAAGAGGAGGAUGAACAAAACCGGGGCUGCUGCUCCUCCUCCUCAACAUCACCAACACCACUACUGCUGCUGCUGUUCAUUCAUUUAUCAAGCACCCAGAGGAGAGGAUUAUCUCGUGGGUGGGUGGGUGGGUGGUUGAGUGGGAGGGUGACACUAGAGUAUGAUUUGUCUGCGGCCACGGGGUUUUAUGAUUAACAGAAAUCUGAAGGAAGAGGCGCCGUGUUAGUUCUGUAUUUGGCACAGUUUGGUUUAAAAAAAAAAAAAAAAAAAAAAGUGGUGGUCAACCCUCUGUCAUUGGUAGUCGACCCCCUUCCCUCCCCCUUACUCCCAUUCCCAAAAUACGUACACUCAGACCGACACUCUCAGAGACGGCGUGGACGCUGGGUGUUUUCCCUGCAUCUCUCUCUUUUGUAAAAUUAGGUUUUGUCUGAUGCACAAAAGCGUUGUGUUAAAUUUGCCUUAAGGUUCAGAGAAACACCCGGAUGCUUUUCGUUUGGCGCUAGAGUAGGAACAGAUAAAACUGAUAUGAAUUUAUGAAUGAAUACACUUGUAAUUCGCCUCUCCAGCUGUCUACGCCUGUGUCAAACUCCUGUGUGUGUGUCUGUAUGUGUGUGUGUGUGUGUGUAUUGGUCCCAAAGUGAGAAUACAACCUGUGCUACAGUUUUCUGAAACGUUUCCUCCGCUACGGAAACAGCAUUUUGCCUGGACGUAGAGUAUGAAGCUACCGCUAGCAGGCAGUUAGCUUGGAGUUAGCAUCGUUUAAAGCUUUAAAUGAGUUCGUUAGUUGAAGCUGUUUAAAAAAAAAAAAAAAGGGGGGGGGAAAUGGAUUGUAACUAUACUGGGAGGUUGUGUUUCCGUGAGCCGUUAAAACAUCUAUUCAUUUAUUUCUGUACGUAUUCAGCAAACGUCAUGUUAAUGUGUGAGCUGUUUGGGUGCUGGUUGAAUUUAACAGCUCACUUAUUAACAUGUUACAUAGUUUGUUUUUAAUCCAACACACACACACACACACACACACACACACACAAACAAGUGAAGCCACUCAUCAGUCUCAGCCACUAUCUUCUGUGACCACAGGGGGGCGCUGCUGCUGCACAGACCUUACAUCAAAUAAUCAGUCAUUCAGGCUUUUAAAAGGAGGACAUGUAUAAAAUAAAGUACCUAAGUGUGUUUAGGUAACAGUGCUGAAUAUUAUUGUCGAGUUUCCAGCUGUUUUUUUAUUGUGGUCUGCAGAAAAUGUUGGUAAAUAAAGCCUGAAUAACGACAUUUAACCGCAGGUUGAAGAGUUUAGUUUAAUAAGCAAGUGGUCGCAGAAUAUGGUGGAGCCAGGCUAGAGCGGUUUCCUUGUAUUUCCUGUACUUUUUUUUUUUUUUUUGGCCAAGCUAACCUCCUGCUCUCUGUAACUUCAUAUUCAUCAUCUCUACAGUUUAUACCCUGCCCCUCAAAGGAAAACAAGUAAAUAAAUAAAUGUCAAGCUCCUCUUGUAAAGAUCGAGGAGACCCAGAGAAUUUAGACAAUCUGAAUCCUCCCGCUCACUCCGCCGCUCCACUCUCCCGGUCGGUGUCUCUCCACAGCGCACAGUCAUUAUUUAUGUCCAAGUUCACAGACGGACCACCAGCCAGCCUUUUGUUUUUGUUUUCGUGAAAAUCACCGGGCCUCCCCUGCCCCCUUCCCUUCAUCAUCCCCUCUCAUUUCCACUUUUCAUGUGACUGCAAUAGAUUUUUUUUUUUCCUUUUGGAUCUCAUGGAUGUGUCCAGAUUUUAACAAAUGUGUUAUGUUUUGUUUUUUUUGUCGUCUGCUACUGUGGAAGGGUGAGCAGGAUUCAGAAAUCUCAAUAAACUUCUAUUUUCUUUUCAUA